GAUAAUCGCCAACUCUCCUCAAGAAAAUGCCGACCCAUUUGUCGAAGACUCGCAAGCACCGCGGCCACGUCUCGGCCGGUCACGGACGUGUUGGAAAGCACCGCAAGCAUCCUGGAGGUCGUGGUCUCGCUGGUGGUCAGCACCAUCACCGUACCAACUUCGAUAAGUAUCAUCCUGGUUACUUCGGUAAGGUUGGUAUGCGGUACUACCACUACACCGCCAACAAGGACUUCACGUCCAUCAUCAAUGUGGACAAGCUCUGGACGCUUGUACCCAAAGAGCACAAGGAGGGGCUGACGGCGGACUCGGAAGUGGUUCCCGUUGUCGAUAUCACCCGUCAUGGGUACACGAAGGUUUUGGGCAAUGGCUUGCUGCCGAAUCUUCCUAUCAUUGUAAAAGCAAGAUUCGUCUCGUCAAGAGCAGAGGCGAAAAUCAAGGCAGCGGGGGGUGUCGUGAAGUUGAUCGCUUAAGCUUACUACUCUGUCUUUU